AUGAGUGGUUCUCGAUUACCUGCGACCCCAAUAUCAGGACGUAAGAAGACACUACGUUCGCAAUCAAGGGUCCCCCAAUCCUUCCCCCCUAUUACUGAGCAAGAAUCCGGCUCAGAAGCGGAGGGUGAUCAAACUGAAUACGCGAUGGCAGAGGAAGAUAUGACAACCUCUGGCUCCGCACGCGAUACUGGCAAGAUGCCAGAACGCGAGGAAUCCGAGGAUGGCACGCCCAGUCCUAUGCCGAUACCUACGCCGAAUCCUAACGGCAUGGUGACCAUGGCAGCAGCAGAUCUCAUUGCACUCUGCGAGCGACUGAUAUCAGCACGCGCGCCGCCACCACCUCCACCUCCUCCGAACCCUAUACCAGAAGAAGAUCCGAACAUGCUGGCUCGCGAAUACCAGAAGGAAGCGCAGGCCUCGUUGAACACAAAGUCCGUCACCACGUUCGAUGGCACCAACUACCAGACGUGGAAGAUGGCGUGCUUGUCGGAUGCAGAAGUGAUCGGUGGUGCAGAUAUUCUUAAUAAGAACCAACAGGAACCACCUGUGAAGGUUUAUCAUCGCUCGAUCAGCGAUAUUGGGUGA